GUGCUUACGUAUGCUGACUAAAACUGGCAAUGAACUCUGGGAUUUGGAGUUCGAAGUUUGGAUCUUUAAGAGGGAAAUUAUCCGGAAACCAAAGUAAAGUGCGUCGUUCUGUCUGUAAAAAUAUAUCAACAAGCAACUAAUUCAGCGUCAGUAAAAACGCGAGGUGUCCGGUCGAUGUCAGUUCACUUUUGUGUUACAUUACGACUCAGGUAAAGCAUCACCUGCUCCUCCGUGAAGAAGAUAACUAAAACCUUUAAUGUUGCCUUGGUGGACAAAUAUACAAGAAUAGGUCCAGAUUUACUCACCCCUGUGCUGACUCCUUUCACCUGUGAGUUCGUGUAGUGUUUCUCCAUUUUUGCUCCAAAAUCGAAAGAGAAAAGUCAGAGAGGACGCCGGGAACAGCGACCUCAAGUGCACCGAGACGCACAGAGACGCCGCAGACUCGUCCAGUAUGGCGCUAUCAAAUAUCCUCGAAACUCCUGCAGCCGGCUUUAAUUUCGACAACGCUGCGAGGUAUGAGCUUCUGUUUUUAUUUUCUACUCAACAAACAUGAUAUAUACUGAAAAUUUAACUAACCCUAACCCUAACCUUGUGUGACGUGGAGCUGAAACGGAGAUCAAAAGUGAAACUAACUUUUUCCUCAUUGUUUGUGAGAUACACGAACCAAUAUCUUGAUUUUAUACAAAUACAUGCUAUAUUUUAUGUAAUAUUUUGUUUACUGCCUCCCCGCCUCUGUUACCCCUCCCUCUCUUUGCCCCCCGCAGGAACGCAUCAUUAGAGGGUCGUCUUGAAGGAGGACAGACACCUAAACCUUUGAAAACAGGCACCACGAUAGCAGGGGUGGUAUUCAAGGUGAGGAGAAACUACAAAUGCAUGUAGACCUCACAUUUUUCAGAUCAUGAAACAUACAUUGGACCAAACUUUUAAAGUGCAUCAGAAAGUUUCCUUUAACUUUCCUGCCAGUACAGCUCUGCAGUAAGCUUACAAAACUCUCUGACUCUCAAAAACUCUCAAAAAGUCAGCAUAAGUUAGAGAUAUUCUUGCUUCAAAGUUGAUGCUUUUAAGCAGACUAUCUACAUUUCAUAAGUCUGAGCACCAGUGAGAGCAGGGAUGUAUUUAAGUCAUAACACAGUUUAUAGUCCAUAAUUUUGUGAGAGAUAGAAAUGAUAAUGUUUCUGUUGUUAAUUUAAUUCUCUAUCUGAUAGUUUUCGUCACGACUCUGUUUGGGGGAUGCAAAACUAGGUGGAAAAGUGGACCAUGUAAAUGGUAUUGAGCCUCUGUGUAGGAAGGGUCCAAAAAAGAACAAAAUUAACAGCAGUCAAACUUAAUAGGGGCCUGUAAAGACACCUUUGUUUGGGGCCAUACACACAUUUCUCUACACUAUGAAAAUAACCCACAAGUGUAAAAUGUCCCCAGUUAUACUGAGAUAAAACAAACACAUCGAGACAGCAGCUCUUAGCAACAAAUGUUUGAUUUCCACGUUCCCUUAUAAGUUGUUAUAAUGCAUGUUAGGUAAAUUUAUACGAUCAAAUUGAUCACAUUACUUUUGUGUUGAUGCAGGAUGGAGUGGUGCUGGGAGCAGACACUAGAGCCACCUCCGGUGAAGUGGUGGCAGACAAGAUGUGCGCCAAGAUCCAUUACAUUGCUCCAAAUAUAUAGUAAGUCUAAAACAUGCUGCACUGAAGCUGUACACAGAGAAACGUGCCUUCAGAUGCACUCAGUUUUAUCAGUCAGUGUUGUAUGAGACACUUUGAGACAAAUAGACGUAAACCGUCUGAUCAUAUCUUCCUGUUCAAACCUGAAAAAUAUUAAAUAAGGAGAUACUAAAACCAACUUUAUGAUGCCAAGAAUACUCAGGAUGCAGGUCGUGGUUGUGAUCCUUUUCCUUCCCUCCUCCCCAUGUCUGAAUCCCCGAAUUUUUCUCUCACACUCUCUCCUGUAUCUCUCACUAGUUGUUGUGGAGCGGGCACAGCAGCAGACACAGAGAAGACUACAGACCUGCUCGCCUCCAACCUCGCCAUCUUCUCUCUGAACAGCGGCAGGAACCCUCGUGUGGUCAUGGCUGUCAACAUACUGCAGGAUAUGCUGUACAGGUUUGUGUUACACAUGCAUAUGUACCUGAAUAAUACAGACUGGUAAGGGAGUUUAAGACUCAAGUAUUGAAAAAAUGAUUAGCAAUUAAAGUCUUCCCGUGAUUUGACCUCUUGGCUUACAGGUAUCACGGUCAAAUUGGGGCCAAUCUCAUACUGGGGGGAGCAGAUUGCACUGGAAACCAUCUGUACUCAGUUGGGCCUUACGGAAGUGUAAACAAGGUGCCUUAUCUCACAAUGGGUAUGUGAAAAAUUCUAAAUAUAAUUUAAUUUUUUUGUGUCAAAAAUGCUUUUUUUUGUAUGAAGAGCACUCAUUUUAUCUUCUCAUAGAGACUAAUCUCUUUUUUACUUUAGUCAUUAGUCUGAUUUAUAUCAGUGUGUGUUUUAGAUUGUAUUUCAUAGUUUAGCUCUUUUAUAUAUUCAUAAUGGUUUCACAUUGCUGAAUUUAUUAAUGUAUUUCAUGGACAAGCUUCCCCAAACCACUUGAGAUCAAAAUUUAGUUAUGUUGUGGUUUUUCUCAUAAAAUGGCAAAAUACAUUUUAGUUUGCUGUCAUUAGUUUUAUCUUAACUUCAUCCAGACUUUCUUUACCUGACUGUGUUUGAUAUCUGUGCAGGAUCUGGUGAUCUGGCAGCUCUCGGGAUUCUAGAGGAUGGAUUCAGACCUGACCUGGAGGUAUGCCACCUAGAUAGCUGGUCGCACACUUUGCCACACUCACUGUUACUUAGUUUACUAAAAACAACUUUCUUUAAAGCACCUGUAAUCUGGGAAGAGCAAAGUAAUAUGAAAAAGGGGCCAAAAUAGCCAAGGCCUCCCUGAUAAUUCUGAAAGUGAAAAACUUGAAAGAGCCUUUUGUUAUUGAGAGUUAUUACAAAUAGCUUUAAAAAUUAAUUUAUUUAUUUCCUUUCUAUGUCUGUUUCCUCCUUUUUCCAUACCAACUGUGAUAUAAUCUUCACGCUCUCAGUUGGAGAAGGCAAAGGAGCUUGUGCGUCUUGCCAUCCAUGCUGGGAUCAUGAGUGACCUCGGCUCAGGCAACAACGUCGACAUCUGUGUCAUCACCAAAGAAGGAGCAGACUACAUCAGACCCUAUCAGGAGUCAGAGUACAAAGAUGACAGGUAGGUUCAGCUCAUUAACACAUUUUAUUUUGAACUUCUUUAAUACCUUUUUCUGAUUUACUGUGAAAGUUUAACAUCAAUUUAAUCUAUUUCUAUAUUUGUCUGUCUGUGUCUGUCUCAGGAAAAUGAAAUACAGAUAUCGUCCUGGAACAACACCAGUCCUGACAGAGAAAAUCGUCCCCUUAAAACUGGAGGUUGUGCAGGAGACGGUGCAGCAGAUGGAUACAGCCUGAUCGUCUCUGCUCUAUCACAUGACUAUUGCACCAUAGUGCAGCACAAAUCUUUAUUUCAUCGCAUUUUUUAUACAACACUUUCAGUACAAUUAACAAACAUCCAAGACAACCUAAUAACACUUAAAUAAAGGUUGAAUCUGUUGUGAUUUAUUAUUUCAGAAACUGCAGUAUCACAGUCAGCAUGAAGAUUGCUGUUGGUCCAGAAUUAGAAAAUUUGACAUGUUAUCACAAUAUGGAAUAAUAAUGGAAAUAAAUCUGGGGAUAAAUUCAA